AUGAGAUCUGACGUCUACAUUGAGACCCUCACCAGUGUCAGUUAUUCACAAUCGCUCACUAAGAUGGAGAGGUCAAGACUUGCUCUCAUUGUGCUUAUGUUUUUACUGUUCCAUCAGACAAGAAUCUAUGGAGAAGAAGUGGAGAUGAAAGUCAGACCAGGAGACAACAUCACUCUCUACUGUGAUCGCUCUUUUAGUCAUGGUUCCCUCAUUGUAUGGAUAAGAAACUGCUCUCAUGAAAAUCAACCGUCUCUCAUAAUAGAUUUUACGAAAUGGGAACUGAAGAUAUUUCAGCGUUUUAGCUCUAUCUACAACCGCUACAACAACUCUUAUGAUCUACAUAUUACUAAUAUUAGUGUCUCUGAUCUGGGACUGUACUACUGUGCAGAACAAGAGAAUAAGGUAAAUGAAGAUGAAAAAGGCAUAAUUUUCUCAUCAAAUGUGUACUAUUAUGGAAACCGCACAACUCGUCUCUCUCUGGAAUUGUCUUCCAGUUCUGGACCCUCGAACACCACCCCCACACCACCUCUUGUAUCUGACUGUGUGCUCUGCUGGACGCUGCUGUUCAGUGUGUGUCCGGUGUGUGUUCUCCUCUUCUCCAUCUGUGUGUUCUGCUUCUGUUGUAAGAAAACUACAG